CCCCUUUUACCAUAAAUCUCUCUCUCUACAAAUGUCACCAUUUUCUUUCUCUUUCUCUCUCUAAAGCUUCCCUCAGCCAUGUCCACCUUGGCUGCUGCUGCGACUCUCUCUCUUCCCAUUUCUUUCUAUCGAUCGCCCAAAUUUAACACCAAAAGGGGUGUCCGAGGAGGGUUUGGAGUGUUUGCUAUACUUGGAGAGGAAGGUGGAUUAGUGGACAAAAAGAGCGUUUGGAGUGCAAUUUUUGAUGUGGAAGAUCCGAGGUCCAAAGUGCCUCAGUAUAAAGGGAAGUUCUUGGAUGCAAAUCAAGCUCUAGAAGUGGCUAGAUUUGAUAUUCAGUACUGCGAUUGGCGAGCCCGGCAAGAUCUACUUACAAUCAUGCUCCUUCAUGAAAAGGUUGUAGAUGUAUUAAACCCUCUGGCCCGCGAUUUCAAAUCCGUUGGCACCUUUAAGAGGGAGCUUGCAGAGUUGCAAGAAGAGCUUGCAAAAGCUCACAAACAGGUUCAUAUAUCUGAAGCAAGGGUUUCCACUGCUUUGGAUAAGCUAGCAUACAUGGAAACAUUGGUUAAUGAUAAGCUGUUGCAAGACAGAAACACCACCGAAUCCGACCGCACAUCCUCUUCUCCCAGUACUUCUACAGAAACUUUGGAUACUGUUAAAAGCAAGAUGCCCCGAAAAAAAAGCCUGAACGUGUCCGGUCCUGUUCAACCUUACCACCCCCAUUUGAAGAACUUCUGGUACCCUGUUGCUUUCUCAAAUGACCUGAAGGAUGACACCAUGGUCCCAAUUGAUUGCUUUGAGGAACCGUGGGUUAUCUUCCGUGGGAAAGAUGGGGAACCUGGAUGUGUUCAGAACACCUGUGCUCAUAGAGCAUGUCCUCUUCACCUUGGUUCAGUGAAUGAGGGUCGCAUCACAUGUCCUUACCAUGGGUGGGAGUACUCCACUGAUGGAAAAUGCAAGAAAAUGCCAUCUACGAAAUUACUUAAUGUGAAGAUUAAAGCAUUGCCAUGUUUUGAGCAAGAGGGAAUGAUUUGGGUUUGGCCAGGCAGUGACCCUCCAACAUCGACCAUUCCGUCUUUAGAACCUCCUGCAGGAUUUAAAGUACAUGCCGAGAUUGUAAUGGAACUUCCAGUUGAACAUGGACUACUUUUGGACAACCUUUUGGAUCUUGCACAUGCCCCUUUCACUCAUACGUCAACCUUCGCCAAAGGAUGGAGUGUUCCCAGCUUUGUGAAAUUUUUGACGCCCACAUCUGGCCUCCAAGGAUACUGGGACCCCUAUCCAAUAGACAUGGAAUUUCGACCACCUUGUAUGGUUCUAUCAACCAUUGGAAUCUCGAAGCCUGGAAAACUGGAGGGACAGAGCACCGAGCAAUGCUCCACGCAUCUUCACCAACUUCAUGUGUGCCUACCCUCGUCCAGACACAAGACUAGGUUAUUAUACAGAAUGUCACUGGAUUUUGCUCCCAUGCUGAAGCAUGUGCCUUUCAUGCAGUACCUGUGGAGGUAUUUUGCAGAGCAGGUUUUGAACGAGGAUCUACGGCUUGUAGUUGGCCAACAGGAUCGGAUGCUGAAAGGGGCGAAUGUUUGGAAUUGGCCGGUAUCCUAUGAUAAGCUUGGAGUAAGGUACAGGUUAUGGAGAGAGGCUGUGGAGGGAGGAGCUAAACAAAUACCCUUCAGCAAAUCAACAUAGAAGCUAACCCUGGGAUGUUUUGAACUUCUCCAAGUACUUCUUUGGAAACAAUCAGCUCGUGUAGAAUUGCAAAAGAUCGGCAACUCCAAACAAUUUUGUGCAGAUUGGUUCUCCCUUGCUUCCCAAAGAUCUUCCAAUUAACUCAGCGGAAACUGUUAAUUGAUCUGAGGCUGGAAAAGAUAUGGUCCCUACCUUCCAACCACUGUAAAAUAAAAGAGACUGUACACUAUAUUUUAUUGUUUGUGUGUACAGUUUGAUAGCCUGCCUUUUCUUUUUUAAAAUUCUUACCAUUUCUCCAAGUCUCAUCACUCACGAUAGUCGGGAAAAUUGUUUGCCAACCCCAAGUACUGGUGUUUUGAUCUCUUACCCCAAGGCUGAGAGGCAUGAGAAAUUUGUUGUACAAUGUAUAAAUUUUCUUCUUGAAAUGGAAACAAAUUAAUAAUUCAUGAUCA